AUGGAUCCAGACGGAACUGGGGGAAGCGCCGCGUGCGUCGUGGAGCACAAGGAAUGCGAGGGGAAGGACACUUACCUGUUGAAGGAGGAUCGGCUGGGGCGUCUCCUGCUGAAGGCGGACUGCAGGGACAAGCCGGUCGCGGUCGUGUCCAUCGCCGGGGGGGCGAGGCGGGGAAAGUCCUUCCUACUGAGUCUCUUCCUGAGAUACCUCAGGGCCAAGGCAAAUUGGCUCGAGAGGGAGGACACUCCGAUCGGAGGGUUCGCCUGGAAAAUGAGUUCUAAGAGAGUCACGACGGGGAUCCACAUCUGGGAUGAGCUUUUCACCGUGCGACUUGCCGAUGGGAAAGAUGCGUGCAUACUCCUGAUGGACACCGAGGGCACCUUCGACUGCGAGGAGUCCCUCGCCCACUCCGUCACCGUGUUCGCCCUCAGCACCCUCCUCAGCUCCGUGCAGAUCUACAAUCUCAAGGACAACAUCCACAUGGACGACCUCUUGCAUCUCCAGACUUCUGGGAAGCAACGAGAUGACGUGAAGAAAGUGAAGGAAGACAUCAAGUAUUGCUUCAGGAAGCUCGACUGCUUCCUGAUGCCUUACCCGGGAGAGAAAGUGGCCGGGGAUCCGGAUUUCAACGGGUCCCUUUCCGACGUGAACGAGGACUUCAAGGUCCAGCUGCAGCAUUUAGUACCGAGACUGCUCUCGCCAGAGAAUCUGGUCGUGAAGACGAUCGCCGGCAAGCCCAUCACGUGCAAAGAACUCUUGGAAUACUUCAAGACUUACGUGGGAGUCUACAACAACCGAGCGGAAAUCCCCGAGCCGAAGAGCAUCUUCGAAGUAACGACGAAAACCCGUCUCGUACCCGCCAGGUACCUCUCAAGUACCCGCCAGGCACCAUUUAAAACCACCCUGCGCGAGCUCCUCGAGAGGUACAAGAUACAUCGAGAUUCCAGAGAGGAAAGGACCAGAUCAGAGCUGAUGGAAGCGGCGAACCGGGUCCUUCGGAAGUACGCAGAGGACAUGGUCGACGUCAUGAGGACCGUUCCUUUGUUGACGAGAAAAGAUCUGCAGGAAAAACACAAAGAGAAAAAGAAAAUGACGAUUCAGAAUUUCAUGGAGAAAAAGGGUAUUGCUAAUGAAGAUGUCGAGUCGCAGUCCGCGAUUUACUUCACCGAUAGACAGUGGAGGGAGAACACAGCCGAUCUGGAGCUGAGAAGCAUCGUCCAAUCCGUCGUCUUGGUCUACGGCACCCACAUGGGCCGAUCGUGCGAUGGAGCCGUCCUCACGGAGGAGGAACUGGAAAACGAGCACGAGAAGUACCACAAGGAGGCGAUCGACGCCUUCUCGCACGGAACGAAAAACACUCCGUGUCCCUAUCUUCUGGAUGAACAAAGGAACAACUUGACAAUCUCUCUUGAUGGGCAGUACAAGAACUACAUCGAGCUCAGAGAGUCAAAAGAAAGGAAAGCAAAAGUGGAACUGAUGAAUGCCACUGAGGAGGCUAUGGAAAAGUACAGUCAACAUAUGAGCAAAUUGCUGAUCGAUUUGAUAAGCGAAGAGGAUCUGAACGGCACGCACGAAAUUUACCUUCGGGAAGCAAUGGAAUCCUUGGGAGAGACGGGCAAAAAGUACCCGCACCUCGUAAAGGAAUACAAAGAAGACUUGAGCCAGCGCAUGAGAAGCCAGCACGAGAGAUACAAGACCUUCAGAUCCUCCCAAGAGCAAAAUGCAGUCGUGACUCUCCAGGACGCUCUGGCACGAAGCCUGCAGAACUACGAGCUCGAGAUGUCCUGCCUCUGCGGUGGCAGGGAUGGCAGUCACCUCCUCACCGAGAAGGAUCUCACAGUCGGACAUAAGAAAUUUCGCAAGGAGGCCCUGGAGACAUUCUGGACGACGGGAGUGCAGUGGCCCCACCAUGCGGAGACAUACAAGGACCAGCUGGAGGAGUGUGUCAUCAUCAUCAUCAUCGGAAGAGGAGCGUCUUCCGUGGCCGGUCCUCAUGGAAGUUCUCGCAUUUCCAGGGGCCUCCUUCGUCCAACAGAAGGCUCGGUUAUCUUCGGAGCAUUCAUGGUUGCGGAGGAUAAGAUGGAUCCCCCGAAAGUCCUAAUUCGUCUGACGGAAGCAAGAGAUAAGCUGGAGAGAAGAAGGAAAUGGAAAGAAACGAGGACGAGAAAGUUGCUGGAGAAAGCAGUGAGAGAAACGGCAAGGGAGUACAUCGGCCCCUCCCGGAUGAAGACGUUCCACGGUGAAACCGUCGUGGAUCGGAAAGAACUGGCAGAGAGCCACUCGCAGCAUAAGGACGCAGUCGUGCGAUCCUUCCGGGCGAAGGGAGACUGGGCGGCCGCGUGGCUCGUCGAGGAGUACCGAGAGAUCCUGGAGACCACACUCGACUCCUGGCACGGCGCGCUGGAGAGGAAGAUGGAGGAAGAGCGGGCGAAAGCGAAGGACGUGGAGCACAUCGUGAACGUGGGCUCGGCGUUGAACACCGCGGUCGGGAGCAUGCUCGGGCCCGUCGGCGCCUUCGUGGCGGGAACCACCACGCGCGCCGUGACCGGAUUAGUCGCGCACUUCGCGGGGAAGUCGAGGUGGCAGAACAGCGUGGUCCUUCCCGACCCCGACGGCAUUCGCAUGCCCCCCGUCGACGAAGUGGUUCUUUCGUCCGACGAAGAGGAAUGAGAAGAAUGAGUGCCGUCGGAAGAACGAAAAGAGUCGCAUGCAGAGAUUCGAUUACUCGUAAAAUACAUGGUGUUUCAAAGAAAC